AUGCAAAGAGACAAAGGCCCUUGGGCGCAGACUGGGAGGCAACGAGGAGCGCGCAGGAGCCCAGUGCGUGCAGAGCAAUAUCCGACGCGGUCCAAAAUAUACAAAGGUAUUAUGGGCAAACGAGUAUGCUCGAGCUUGGCAGAGGGAUGGCCGGGGGGGCAGAGGGAUGCCCGGGGGGCCAGCGGUUUCAAGUACAACGGGCUGGCUCAGUGUGGGCCCUUGGGCCCUCGAGACGGCUUUGACGCGCAGUCCGUAGCGGGCAGGCGGGGGCCACUAUACAGGAAGGCGGCCAUGGGCAUCACGCCGCGAAAGGAAGAUGCACACGAACCUUGCCGUCCGGGGUCCUGGGAGGGCGUGGACGGGGCAGGCAUCGGCGGCGGGGCUGGCCGCGCGGUGGAAGCGACGUGCCGUUCGCGGGCUCUUUCGAGCGGAGCGUGGCGGCAGCGAUGCGGUGAAGCAGAGGACCGACGACGGCCCCCGAUUGGCAUCGCGACGACGCCCAGGGGCAGAGGCACAGUGCAGGCUAACGGCGAUACGAGGGGCCAAUCCGAGAGCUCUCUGGCGUGGCUUCUGGCCCGUUUUCUCCAGCGGCCAAACGGCCUCCAAGCAGCUAGCCACACCGUGCCGCCAGCGAUAUGGCUGCGUUUCACCUCUAUCAUAACUCCCGUCCCUACAGUUGCAGCUAUUCUUGCCCUCGGGUCCAGCAACACCAGCCCUCGGAGCCGGGUCGUCAGCGAGCCUGCUACCGGCGCACAAACUGCUGUGUCUCUGUCAUCAGAAGUCGUGCUGCGGCCCGACUCACCACCUCACCACUGCUGCGGCCUCGACGAGUGCCUUGCGCCAUACGCACAUGGCACACUUGCGUCUUGCGUCUUGCGUCUUGCGUCUUGCGCCUCCAGAGACGCACUGUCUCAGCACAGUCAGGCUCGCUUCCCACAGCAGCACAUUGCCGUUGCCGCUCCCGGGAUAGCCUCAUUUCAGGCACGACUCGCACCGAGGACGCCGCCCCGCUCGUGCUCAGGCAUCCAAACGUGCGAGCUCGCUUUGCCAUGCAUGACAGUGCGCCGCCAGUUUCAAUCUGGUGUAGAAGAUCCUCCUGAACAUCUGAAUAUCACACUUCACAGUACUAUGUGCAGCAGCACAGCAGCAUUCCAUCCUCCUGCAGAACCCCAGUCUCAGCUGCUGCCGUGACGUCUGUGUCACCUUCGCACGCACCCGCAGGCGGUACACGCAAACCGAACAGGUGCCACAGGGCGUAGGCUGCUUCGUUAAUAAUUCCCGAUGACGCUCCUUCACCACCAGCUCCUCUCCCAAAUCCCGACGCCGCGUCCUUCUGUACUCGGUGCCCAUCGACAUACCUCGCCGGGUUACCUCGUCCUCGUCAGAUCCGUCCUCACCCACCGUGGCCUUCAUUUACUCGGCCCUCCUGUACUACCGAGUCCCCGGUGCUGAUCCAGCAUCAUCCUCACGACCUUUGCCGUGUUAAGGCCUCCAGUAACAGAGAAGGCACUCCGAGACGAUGAUGCUCCGUCUUCCCACUGUGCCACCAUCGCCACUCGAUCGCCAACUCCGUAAGUGGUGAUCCAUGAUGCAAUCUGAUCCAAGACUCCACUCCCACCAGAC